AUGAAGUUCUCCACCGCUCUCAGCCUGCUCAGCUUCUGCCUCGUGCCGGCAACGGCUCUGAGCAUCUUGGACGGCGGCAACAAGAUCCCCGGCGACUCGCCCCUCGAGCUCUGUGACGGCGACCACAGCGACGACCAAAUCACCAUCAAGAAGGUCGACCUCGAUCCCAACCCUCCCAAGGCUGGCCAGGAGCUUCUUAUCAAGGCCAGCGGCACCGUCAAGGAAACAAUCCGGAAGGGCGCCUACGUCAAGGUGACUGUUAAGUACGGUCUCAUCAGGCUCAUGUCGAUGACAGCCGAUCUCUGCGAGCAGAUCGGAAACGUCAACAUGACAUGCCCUGUUGAAGCCGGCGACCAAACCAUCGAGAAGAUUGUCAAACUUCCCGCUGAGAUUCCUCCUGGCAAAUACAACGUCGUCGCUGAUGUCUACAACGCCGAUGAUGAGCAGAUCACUUGCCUCACUGCUGCCGUCACCUUUACGAUCGGCGGAUUGGGUUAUUUCAACGAGUUGUAA